UCUACUACAUUAUUUUCUUGCUCACAAAGUCUGCAAAAAAAAAAAAAAAAACACUCACUCUCACACACAAAGAAGAAAAUCGAAGAACAACAAAAAUGGAGGCAACGAAGACCAUAGCUCACGAAAUCGGAGGGAUCCAAAACGACGCGCUCCGAUUCGGACUCCAUGGCGUCAAGAGCGACAUCGUUGGAUCUCAUCCUCUCGAAUCCGCUUAUCAAUCUGCAAUGAAGACACAAGAGGAGAUGAAUAGGAAGAUCUUGGCAAACACAUAUGGAAGUGCAUUUCCACUGAAGAUGGAUCUUGACAAGCAAAUUCUGUCUCGGUUCCAGAGGCCUCCAGGAGCAAUUUCAUCUUCAAUGCUGGGUCUUGAGGCUCUUACAGGAAGCUUGGAUGAAUUUGGUUUUGAGGAUUAUCUGAAUGAUCCCAAAGACUCUGAGACCCUCCGGCCUCUCAAUACGCAUCAUGGGAUGGAAGUUCGUCUUGGUCUUUCCAAGGGACCAAUCUGUCCAAGUUUCAUAUGAUUAUGCAUUUAAUUUUUGGAAGAAAAUGAACCAAUCAAGUGGUACUUGGUGGUGUUUAAUCAUGGAUCUGUACUAUUAAGGAUUUAAAUACUUUUCUUAUUAGAAUCUGAACAUAUCCUACAAUGUAAGAUUAUCUGGUCUUAUUGUUCUACUUGGUUUUUCUUUUGCUA